AAAAACAAAUCUAAAGAAGGGAUUCGAAAGAAUGCAAGCUAAAAUCAAUUCUUUCUUCAAGCCCUCAUCUUCAUCUUCAUCUUCUUCGUCUAUUAUCGCCGCCUCGGUAACAUCAGACACAGACGAUGGUUUAGCCGUCUGGGAGCAAAAGCGGAACUCCAUCGUCAAUACCUACCAGCGUCGAUCUGCGAUAUCCGAUAGAAGUGAAGCGCUUAAGAAAGUAUCUUCUUCUUCUUCUUCUUCUGCACCUAAAGAUCUGAAAAAGAAGCGGAAUUAUACCCAAUUCCACUUAGAGUUGGGGCAAUCUGAUUUUCUUCUCAGACAUUGCGCUGUGUGCGGAGUUAAGUAUGCUCCUGGAGAUGAAAUAGAUGAGAAGAACCAUCAAGGUUUUCACAAGAUCUUUAUGAAUGGAAUCCCUUUUAAGGGUUGGCAGAACGAGAGAGCCUUCACAAUGCCCUUGGUCAACAAGAACCGCAUCGUUGUGGUAUCUGAUAAUGCUUCCCCUGCACACAGAAACAAGGUGCAAGAGGUUGUGAAACUGAUGGAGGUUGAGCUAGGUGAGGAUUGGAUUCUUCACCAACAUUGUAAGGUUUAUCUAUUCGUUUCCUCUCAGAGGAUCUCUGGAUGUCUAGUUGCAGAGCCAAUUAAGGAAGCAUUUAAGCUUAUAGCUCCUCCUGAUGAUGAAAGACAGAUAAAGAAAGAGAGCUCCUCCUCGCCUUCAACCUCCAUUCAGUUUGGAAACAUUGUGCUACAAAGAGAGGUAUCGAAAAGAUGUCGAGCUUCAGAUGAUAGAUUAGAUAAUGGAGCACUUGUAUGUGAAGAAGAAGCUAAACCAGCUAUUUGUGGAAUUAGAGCGAUUUGGGUCUCACCUUCUAACAGAAGAAAAGGCAUAGCCACACUGUUACUUGACACCACAAGGGAAAGCUUUUGCAACAAUGGGUGUAUGUUGGAGAAAUCUCAGUUAGCCUUUUCACAACCAAGCUCCAUGGGAAGAUCUUUUGGAUUUAAUUAUUUUGGAACUUCUUCAUUCUUAGUUUACAAAGCUCCAUAGGAAGAUCUUCACAGCUGCACUUUUUGUCUGUCUUCUUUACAUAUUAUCAAGUUUGUAAAUAUUGGCUCAUAACAAACAAGAAGAACAACACAUUCUUUUAGUUUUGUUGACCUCUC